AUGCCCGACACCCUCCGACCUCCCGGCCCUACCGAGGCCGAUGAGACCCGGCAGGAGGAGCAAAAGGACGAAGAGAACCUGCGUGAGCUGUCACGGUCGCCGCACCCGUACCACAGACAAAAGUGGGAACUGCUGGAACCCUCGGAUCGCGUCGUAGCCAGGGCGAGCACGAUCCCCACCCACGGGCCUGUUGAAGACAUUCGCGACCAGCUUCUGCCUGCGCCGAGCUUCACAAAGGAUUCGACGCCCGCCACCGACAGCGGCACCGAGGCUGACGACGAGAUUUUUGUCAAGAAGCUGCCUGCGCCCAAGGCAAAACUCCACAAGGGUCUUCGUGGCCGACAUGAGGCGCUGUCCGGCUCCGGAACACCACUGCUGACCCCGACGGUCGGUGAUGGUGAUCGCGACGGAAUCUUGUCGUCGAGCCCCAGGUGGAAGAAAGAAGAAAGCGAAAAGAGGCGACAGGCGAAGAGAUUGAGACGAAACAGGGAGCUAGUAAGGAGAGGCACGGAGGUUGCAAUCCUGGGGGUUCUGGCGCGGACUGUCAUUCGUAACCCGGUCGUGCAGCCUUUCGUCGCGGCGUGGAAGGAUGAGUUGAUACUACAGAGCACGAUUUUCGCGGCGCUGCUACUGCUCUACCCGCUGCGAGUCGCAGCAUGGGCCUACAAAAAGGGUGAACCCCUAAAGAGCAAGAUACCACUCUCGAUCCCUCUGUCCUUCGACCCGGCGCCUGCGCUAUACCCUCAGCUACUACCAUUACUUGUCGCCUUCCUCACAGCCGCGAAUUUGAAGGACGUCAUCCUACCGAAUCUCGUGCUCGGCAUCGCAUCCAUUCCCCGAAGUCUUGUCCCCACCAGCAAUACUUUCGAAGUCAUCAACCCUAUCCACUGGCUGUUGACCUGCUUGCCUCUGGCAUUGAACCGUGAAAAAUUCCCGGCGAGCCCUUCAGAGCACAAGAACUGGUCGGAUAUUUCGCCAACCUCCCCUCAAGACCUUGUCUUUCUUUACCCUCUCCAUCAGAGCCUCUCUUUGGUUCUUUACCAUCUAACAACCAGCAGCCUCCUCACGGCCGAACUCGAACUGCUCUCGAUAUCCCUCAUUAAUCUUCUCAUACUCUCCAGGUCCCCACAAGCUGUAGUUCUACAGUCCGUUCUUUGGCUAGGCGGACUUGGCGUGCUCAUCUUUUGCGCACCUGUGAUUGAAUGGAGCAUCAGCCUGGCAAGGGUUCCGAAAUGGCGACUCAGGCGAAACACAGUUUCAACCCGGACCUCCCUUUUUGGAGCUUCGAUAGACCGCCUUUCUGCUGGUUUGAGGCUCAUUCCGGCGAAAGAAGGUCUUGAUUCCGAGACAGAGGACUCCGCUGUGGUUUCUGGCCUUUCUACCGACGAAGAGGGCACGCAGGGGACCGAUUUAGCACAUCGAAGAUCAAUUGCCUCCCAGAUGGAUGGCUUGUACGAGAGCAUUCCUUUGCGAAAAACGCAGACGAGCUCUGACAAGCCUGUAGGCGACUUGCACGCUGGUCUGGACGAGCCAGAAAGCUUUUCCCUACAUCCUCGACGGCGUACCUUGCCUUUCGCGGAGACUAUGAUGAAGUCAUCCAAGACGCAUACCUCCUCAGGACGACAAAAGAGGCGUGCAUCGUCCUCCGUGCGGUUCUUUUACGGUCUGACCCCGGGAGAAGCCAACAGAAGAAAGCUGCUCUAUGCGGCAUGGGCGUACGCGAGCAUCGUCGCUGUGGUUCUCCUUCCCAUUGGGUUCUACGUGCGACAAUAUGCCACAGCUGGUCAUUAUCCUAUCGGUUGGGCUGUGGGCUACGUCCUUGGCGACAUACAUUGGUUCAGAAUGCAGGUUAUCAUGUCGACAUGGCUGGACUGGGCCUUCGUGCUCCCAGACCUUCCGGGCGAGGGCUCCGAGUCCUGCCAUCUAGGCUGGGUUGAGCACCUUCGUCAUGCCUCGAUCGGCGAGGCCAACACGAGGUUGUGUCUAGCUGCUUGGUGGGUUGCAGUCAUCAUCCUUGGUCUAGCGGUGGUGUUUCGGCUCUCGCCAUACUAUGAAGUCGACACUCGCCGCAAGAUCUUCCAUUUCAUGAUGGUAUCCAUGUUUCUACCAGCAACGUUUAUUGAUCCGACCUGGUGCGCCCUCGCUCUCGCCAUCGUCCUGGCCAUCUUUCUCCUGCUGGAUCUCCUCCGUGCAAGCCAACUUCCACCACUCUCCAAACCCAUACGAGACUUUCUACAGCCGUACACGGACGGCCGCGAUCAUCAGGGGCCCGUGGUCAUCUCACACAUCUUCCUGCUCAUCGGCUGCGCCAUUCCGCUCUGGCUCAGCCUGGCGUCCCUCCCUCGGACUGGGACCGGAAAUAUGAUGGGCUGGGAGACGCCGGCCCGCGAGCUGAGCAUGGUCGCAGGAGUUGUCUGUGUUGGCCUGGGCGAUGCUGCCGCCUCGCUGAUCGGGCGCCGUUGGGGGAAGCACAAGUGGUUCUGGAAGGGUGGCAAGAGUCUGGAGGGCAGCGUGGCGUUCGCGAUGGCCGUGUUUGCAGGCCUUGUGGCUGCUAAUCUCUGGCUCAGGGUUGGCGGCUGGCCCGUCUCCAGCUUUGAUCGCUCGCUUUCCCGAGCCGAGACGGUCACGGGCUUCUGCGCAUCCUUAUCUAGCCUGACAGAGGCAGUCCUCACGGGCGGAAAUGACAAUGUUGUGGUGCCAGUGGUAUUGUGGACAUGUGUGAAGGCCACGGGAUUGUGA